AUGAUCUCGAAUAUAACGCCUGAUACUUUUAAGAAGCUUUAUUUUGAGCAUGAUCAAACUCUUUCAUGCCCAUGUUCAACAAUAGCAAUACCUUAUCGAAAUUUUACUUCGAACAAUGUUACAAUGCAUUCGGUUUGUUCGAGUAUUUUUAUUGAACCAGAAUGGAUCAAAGGAUUAUAUUUUCCAAAUGCAAGUCAAUAUGGAGUAUGGGAUUUUCGAUCAACAGCACAUUCACAAUUUGAACUUUUAUCGAGUUUUUGUUCACUUUCAAAAGAAAUUAUUUCUCAAACUGAGAUUGAUAUUGAUAAUAAUGAACUUGUUACUCUUUAUCUUCUUUCUCAAGAACAAGUACAAUUGCAAAUAGAUGGAACAAUUGACUUACUAAAGAACGCUGCAUCGUCUCAAAUGAUAACUUAUUUAAAUUAUUCAAGAAACACAAUUCAAACAAAUUAUUUAGUUUCAGCUCUGAAUACAAAUUUUAUAAUUAAAACAGUACGAUCGAAGGAUAAAUCUAUUCAUACAGUUGCAGAUCAAGUAUCGUACUCUGUUGAUCCUGAUACAUACCCUAAACUAUGCGGUAAAGAUAAAAUACAAGUCAAUGCUACUCUCAGCGAAAUGAUCUACGAAUUAAUCGAAGUCGAUCGUAGGCACAAACUGAAUCCGAUGCCAAAUUCUACAAUUGUUAAUGGAUUCUUUACAGGAUGUACUCCUCUUGAAGCACUUCUUGAAAGUACAUUAGAUUGUUUAUAUCAGACAGAAUGUCUUCAAUUAUUAUUGGAUUACUUUCCAAUUCGUCAACAAAUGAAUUUCCAUGUAAAUGAUUCAGUUUUAACUUCAAAGCAUGAAAGUAAAUCUGUUAAUGAAUAUUUAAAUAAUCUUUUCAUUAUGAAUUGGUCAACAAAAAUUAAUUAUACAAAAUAUUUUCACCAAUGUUCUCCAUCAAACUGUACAUAUUCAAAAAAAAAUCGAACAGAAUUAUCUCAUGGAAUAACUCUUUUCAUUAGUCUUUAUGGUGGUCUAAUUAUAAUACUUCGUCUUAUUGCAUCAUGGUCUAUCGAUAUUCUAUCGAAAAUCAAAUGUUGUUCAAGAGAGAGAAAUGAAAAUUCAGAUGAAAAUGGAAAGAUAUUGAAAUUUAUUGAAUCAAUGAAACGAUUAAACUUAUUUAAGAAUGUUAAUGAUCGAACAGAAAAUAGUAUCAAACAACAAAAGACUAUCACACGUGUUUAUUUGAUUUUAUUAACUGGUAAAGCUAUUAUGUCAUUGUUUUUUUUAUAA